AAAGAAACAAAAACUAAAAAAAAAAAUUAAUCAUAGUUCUCUUUUGUAGUUUCCUUGAGAUUUUGUUUUGGGUAUUUCCAUUAAAUUAUUAAAAAACAAAGCAGAUGCAAGUAUUAAAUUACAAUAAUAAACAAAAUAACAAUGGCAACAAAAGUAAAAGAAAAAUUACAACUGUUGCCAAAAGACGAAAUAAAGUGUCGUGAAUUAAUUGAAAAUUUGAAGAAAACCUUAAAUCUAUGGUUUGUAUAUGGGGCGGUUGAUGACACGAUUUUAAAGGAAGUACUCAGCUCGUGUGUGGAAAUUAUUUUACACGGCUUGAAAAAUGAACCAGAAAAGCUGCAAGCGAAUACAAAUGUUGAUGCAUUAGAUUAUGAUUCAUCGCCGUCAACUUCAGCUGCAUCAACGAACGUAAAUAAUAAUAACAUCAUCAACAAUAAUAUUAAUUACAAUGGCAAUAAUGACCUAAACUUGAAUGUACUACAUAAAAUAAUCGAUGAUUUUGAAUGGGUGCGUAAUGCAGUUAGUAUCAGACGGAAUUCAAACAAUACACCUCCCCGAAAUGUUUUAACAAUGGGGGGAGCAACAGCAUCAUCAACCACAUCACCGCUACAAAAUCGCAAGAUACCAAUGGAAAUUCAAAGACAAACAUUACAAACGACAAUAGCCUCACAUGUGACAAAAUGGUUGAUGCACAAUCUUAACGAACACAAUUUAUGUGGUUUCUUGCAGUAUUUAGUCACCGAUAAAGAGCUAUUAGAAGAGCACUAUAAUGAAACAGCUCUACUAAGACAAGAAAAGUAUGUUACAAUCUUAGUGAUUGGCUUGACAGCCUUUGAAACACAUCAAUAUGGCCUAUUAAGCCAGAUUAACGCAGUGCUAAAGGCCGAUAUAAAAGAGACAAACCAUCACAAAAGAUCGAAUUCUCAGCCAAAUGCUAUUAUAGUACCCAAGAUCAGCUCAAAGGUUUUGUGCCUAAACAAAUCCACUACAACAACCCCUCAUCAUCACUCAGCGUCAGUUCUGUUGACUAUACGCAAAACCAAGAGUCUAUCUGAAUUUCCAGACAAAGCGUCGAAUUCGCAAGAUAAGGCAGAUGGUGGUUACUUGAGUCGACCCAGAUGUAAAACCAUUGGUGCAAUCAAAGCUAGAUUAACCAAACCUCAGAAUAUACCACAAAAUAAUAUUCCUCAGACGGUUAACACUACAUUGUCUUCCGGUUCCUUUUUGUUAGAUUACGAUGAUAAUCAACCAACAACAUCGCAGGCAAGCUCAAACAGAAGUAAAAGUCCUAUAUCGAACUAUACAUUGAAUUCUAAUAAGUCUACUACAUCCAGCAUAAUGUCGUCAUCAGUGUCUUCCUGUAAUUCUAAUAACACAACAAAGUGUAUACAAUUGAUUAAUACCGAUGAUAUAAAAAUCUGGACAGAUCAUUCUUGGGAACUGAAGCAGAAGAGCAAACAACAAAAUCAGCAACCGACAACAGCCUCUUGUGCUAUACCCACACCAUUGGCCUCAACUUCAAAGCCUUCCAAAAGCCUUAGUCCCUUGAAUAGUUUUUUCACCUCGCUGUUCAGCACCCCGCCCUCUUACACGUCGUGGUUUAUAGAUCAUGGUGGCCACACAGAACAUGAAACUACUGAAACCGCAAUAGAAUCCAUAAUACCAGACAAUAAACAUCUUCAGCAUAAGAAUCAUCAUUCCGUAAUGUCUUCACAGCAACAAUUGUCGUCGUUAUCGCUGGGUUCUACAGUUUUCGACAAAUUUUUACCCAUCGAUGGAAAAAAAUUUAAAUCUCGUAAAUCGCAAAGUCUCUUUGAAGAUGUCAACACUACGCUGGACUGCAGUGGCAUAAAUAUGUUGAUGUCCGCCGGCAACUUUUGCUCGGAAACCCCGUCAACAACAUCAUCACCUGGCUCCGUGUUGGCCACCCCCAAAAAUUGUCAAAGUUUAACUAGAUUUUUGCAAAUGUCUCAUUUGUCUCGUAACAACACAGAAUUGGAAAAGGAAAAUGCUCACUUUCGUAUAUCUGAGGCGAUAAUCUCGGCCAUAGAGCAUAUAAAAUGGAAUAAACUUGAAACGCAGAAAGAUAAACAAUGUCGAGAGGCUACACCUUUAGCUACCGACUGCUUGGCCUCACCAGAUCCUACACAAAGUCCUAACGUAUCAACUCCAUCUAGUGAUAUUAUUGAAGGAGAACACAUACCUUAUGCUGAGUUAGAAGAAGUUAGCUACGAUUUACUUUCGGCUGAAGUUGUAGGACUAUCACUUAUAUCGAAAUUUGAUGAAAAACACUUACCCAAAGUUUCCGAACUAAAGUGGCUAGUAUCGGACGAUGAUACGCCGCAAAAUCUGUUGCCCAUGCCCGAUCUAACCAGUUCAGCCAACCCAGAUGAACAUGUAAUACAUUCAGCAACCCGUGGUACCAGAUAUUGGGCUCCUCCAAGGCAACAAAUAAUAUUCACCGAUCAUCCGCCGCCAAAUCGCAAAGAUUUGUUAAAGAAACAAAAUUACCGCUGUGCUGGUUGUGGCAUGCGUGUAUCACUGCAAUAUAUGCAGAGUUUUCGGUACUGCACCUAUUUGGGCAAAUACCACUGUACUGGUUGUCAUCGUAAUCAGAUUUCGGCUACACCAGCCAAGAUCUUGCAAGCCUGGGAUUUUAAAUGUUAUCCCGUUAGUGUCUUCGCCUAUCGUCUGCUGGAACAAAUGUAUGCUUAUCCUCUAUUCUAUGUACCCGACUUGAAUCCUGCCUUAUAUAUUCGUAGUAAAACGUUGCUCAGUGCUCGUAAUAAACGUUUACAGUUGAAAUUUGUUAAAGACUUUAUACGCAUGUGUCGUUUUGCCUUGCGUGAACAGAGUUAUUUUGAAUCGGUACCCGAUUAUAUAACCGCUGAUAUCGAUAAUUGGUCUAUGUCAGAUUUUAUUGAUGCACGUACUAAUUGUUUACAUCGAUCCAUAGAUGAAUUGAUUAAUAAAUGUGAAAUUCAUAUAUUUAAUUGUGUGCUUUGUACGGCUCGAGGUUUCCUUUGUGAAUAUUGUCAUGCUGACGUGAUUAUUUACCCUUGGGACUCACGUGUUGAACGCUGUGAUCGUUGCGGCACCUGUUUUCAUCGCAGCUGCUGGAAAUCUAUGAGUGAAAAGUGCUGUCGUUGCCAAAGGAUCGAUAAACGUCAAGAUGAAAUCAAUGACGUCAUUUAAACAAAUCUAUUUAAAUACGUAUAGAAACAUUUUACAUUUGAUUUCUCCGGUUAUUUUUGUUUUUUCUCGUUAAUUAGUUUCAAUUUAUUUAAAAAGAUUUUCGAACAAAUUUAUAGUGUUUAAUAAAAUUAAGAGUAGUAGUAUUGUAUUUAUAAUUUAAUUAAUUUUCAAACAAACCCAUGACCCGAAUAUGUAUUUUUCGAGAAUUAUAAAUCAUUAUUGAAUUUAUUUAUAUUUCUUCGUUCAUGUUUUUGUUUAACUUACGAUGUAUACGAUUGAAAAUAAAUUAAAUUUAUGUAUAAUCGAAUUUUAAAAA